AUUUCUGGACCAAAACCGCAUUUUGGCCAAGCGGUUUUAGGUCUGACCUACAGAAACCGCUUGGCCGAGGUGCGGUUUUGGCCUGACCUAUUAAAACCGCAUCAUGAAGGUGCGGUUUGUUUCUCCCAAACAAAACCGCACCCUCAUGGUGCGAUUUUGCCAUACAAACUGCACCUUGGAGGUGCGGUUUUGGUCAAUCAAUUUCUGACAUACCAUGCAGACGUAACAGACGUGGGUCUGCAUGGGCCUGCAUGGCAGACGAAAACCGCACAUCUAAGGUGCGGUUUUCAUCAGUGAUUUUGCCUAUAAAAGGCCUCCCGGACAACCACUUCUCUUCACACCUCUCCUUCUCCCUUUUCAAUUUUCUGUUCUAGCUCUAUAUUUCUUUAGUAGUUUUGAGAUUAACGUUAACGCGUAAGUUUAUUUAGUAUUACUUUUUAUUGUUAUUUUUUAUUUUUGAUUUUUAUGAUAUUAACUGAACUACGAUUUUAUCGCAGAUGGCAUUCCAAAAGUUCACGCUUGGCUUACGGUGGAAUGGUUACACGGAAGAGACCGGAAAGGGGGUCACCUACGUAGGUGGCAAUUUUCAGAAGAUAAAGAUCGCUACCAGACCGCUGCUUGAAGACCUCCAUCAAAUGUGCACUAACGUUACUUGCAUGGAUGGCACGAGAAGAGUUGAUCGUAUGGUGUACCGAUAUCCAAACAGAGAAAGUGGGUCAUUGUGGCAUGAGGAAUAUCUCAUAACCACUCAGGAUGAGGUAGAUGCCAUGCUCGAAUUCAUGAGGUCCAACAAUCUUUCCAAAGCCGAGAUGUUCGUUUACACCGAGCCGGUCGUAGGCGUUGGAGGUUUCUGCUUUUAGGUAGAAUCGCGCUUUUGACUGCAUUGCUUUUAUAUGAUCCAAACCUAUUAAAAUGCUAUUAAUUAUCCAAAUCUUUCGUAAUGCAUCAAAAUAUUAGCCAUUUUUACGUUAUCGUUAAUAAUUUUGUAACUCUUUUCUUAGUUAAAAUACGAAAUUUUUGGAAUGUUGACCUUCAUGUGUCUCUUCCAAGUCAGUAUCAUAUUGUCAAGUCAAUAUUACUAACAAAAUAGCUAACUGAAAGUUAACAUUUGGCUAAUUCUUAGUAUUUCGAUAGGUUUGGAUAAUAUAAAAGAAUCUGAAAAGGUUUGGAUAAAAAAUAGAUAUUGCCCUAAAAAAACACAAACACAAAACAAAACAAAACAAAUAAAGGCUAAACUAAAAAUUCAAUGGUUUUCUACUAGUUAGCAAGGUUCCCCGGCAACGACGCCAAAAAGCUUGAUCACAUUCAUUUGUGUAGAUUAUUGUCAAUGGUUAACACGUGUCAAUAACUACCCCAUCCUAGGCCAAGUUUAACCUAGAAUGGCGUUGUCAUAUAGUGGCAAUCAAGCUCGUAUUCACUCGAGUGUCGAUACCCUAGCCUACUUCCCAUGUUAUUGUUAUCUAGCCGAUCGCUUUAAGGGUUUGUGUUAGAGGAUUCGAGCAAACUAACUAGUUAAGAGAGUAAAUAAAUAUAAAAGCAGGCACUUCGGGGAACUAUCCCUCACAAUAGCCAAGAACUACUAUGAAAUGUCUAGAUAAUUAGGGUUUGUCGAAUGUGGUGAGUGAUAUCUUUUCGUGGGCUUUUGUGGUUAUCCACACGCCUCCGAGUAUGCCUCCCCUAAACCCAUGUAAGUCACCUAGAUCUAGGCUAUUAUAUCUGGGGCAUUAAGAAUAUAGCUUCUUUCAAUGGGUACUACCCACCGUCCACACCGAGGUUUUAUCCCAAGUUAUAUCUAGGAAGGCAUCCCAUGGCAGAGGUUCGGUUGCCUCGUCCACCAUAGGAUCCUAUUCAUACAUCUAUCCUCAAUUUUCAUGAUGGUUCAUACCUUUCUAACCCUAAAACUUAAUACCAGUGUAGAAGUUCAAGUAGGCUAGUAGAGAAGAUUAGGGAGACUUACUCAAACACAAUCUAGAAAAGCAUUCAAAUCAAGUAGAUAAACACAUUUAUUAAAACCCUAAAAUAUCCAUUCAUUACACAAUAACCCUAAAACUAGGGUUUGGGGUUUAGAACCCCUAGUACCUUAGAGGACUACUCCAGAAAAGAAGGAAGAAGAUACAUAGAAGAGGUUGAAGAAGACUAGAGGUUGAAGAAGAUAUCGAUGAAUGAUAUUUUAUCGGAUAGCAUCCGAUAUACAGUUCCCCAGCUGCUGCCCUCCACCAACUCUUGACUCAUUGCUGUUGCUAAAUUCCUUCCACUUCAGCAUUGACUUUGCCAUGUCAGAGUCAACUGAUAUUUGAAAUAAUAGAAAGUGAACGAUUUGUCUAUUAUAUUGUUUUUGCAAAAGUUUUGACUAUUAUUUUGUUUAAGAUGAAAAUUUUGACCAUAUUAUAUUUUUAUCUAGAUAAAAACAAACAAGGAUGUAGAACAAUCAUGGUUGUCAAGCCGAUGACAUUCCGGCCGGUACCCGUUACGAAAGCGGCUGAAAUGCCUCCAGUAUGAUCGAUUUCCUCCUUUAUACAAAACUAUGUCGUUUUGAUUAAUUUAAUUAACAAAAAUAUAAUUUUUGAUUUGUAUAUUAAAUUUGAAAGUUAAAU